AUGAAGAGGAAGAGGAGCACGGAGGCAAUCUUGAGCAUGGGAACCGAGCCAGCAUACCAAUACGACGUGUUUUUGAGUUUCUGUGGAGGCGACACUCGCUUAACCUUUACUGAUACUCUUUACCACAGGAUGAGAGAUGUUGGAAUAUGUGUUUUCCUUGAUAGUGAAGAACUCAAAAAGGGUAAAAAAAUCAGUGAAGUUUUGAAGGCCGUUGAUGAGUCUCAGAUCUACAUUCCCAUCUUUUCUAAAAAAUUCGCCUCCCGUUCAUGGUGCCUCUGCGAAGUUGCCCGCAUGGUGGAGUGUCAUUCAAAAUCAGAUGGGAAGAGAGAGAUAAUCCCCAUUUUCUAUGAUGUGGAGCCUAAUGAUGUGAAGCUCAUAUCCGAUGUGUACAAGAACGACAUACUCAAGCACAAGCAGAAAGAGCACCGUAAGCCCGAAGAAUUGGAGCAGUGGACAAGAGCCCUUAAAGCGGUUGGAAGUAUAAUGGGACUGGAACUUAAAGGAAAACGCCAUGGGAAAGAAAUUGAAUCGAUUCUUAAACAGGUUUUGUGUAAGCUCAAUGGCCAACAUGUGGAUUUGCCUGGAAAUUUGGUUGAAGAUCAUCGUCAGAUACAAGCCAUAAUAGAAAAGUUGGAUCUUAAUUCUGGUGGUAAACAGUUAUUAACAGAUGUUAGUACUAUGCUGGCUGACCAAAUUAAAGACGUUGGAGAAGGGAAGCAUCGGAUCAAGGCAGUAUGUAAAACUAAAAGAGUCCUCCUUGUUCUUGAUGAUCUAGACAAGGAAGAGCAACUCGACAAGCUAGCUGGAAAAUCUGAUUGGUUUGGUUCUGGUAGCAGGAUCAUUAUCACAAGCAGGAACAAAAUUAUCGCAGAGACUCAAGGUGAAUCAUCCAAUAAAGAGGUUCCAAAUCAAACCGAAAAAAUUGUGGAUUAUGAAGUUCAUGAUAUGGAAUUCGAUCAAGCACUUCGGUUGUUUUGUAAGCACGCUUUUAGAAAUAACUCUCCUACAAAAGAUUACGAAGCCCUCUCACAAGAUAUUGUUCAUAAAGUGGCCAAGCUUCCUUUGGCUAUCCAGGUAGUAGGUUCUUAUCUUUAUGAGCUAGGCUUAGCACCGGAGCCACGUGGUGUUACAAAAAAGCUAUUGGAAGAGACGUUGCAGAAGUUAGAUGAAGGUCCUUUUAAGGACGUCCAAAAAGUAUUAAUGAUCAGUUACGAAGGACUGGAAAAAAAGCCGAAAGAAGUAUUUUUGGAUAUUGCUUGCUUCUUUACUAAUGAGGACAAAACAUAUCCAAUUAUUAUGUGGGAUGAUCUUAAGUACCAACCUGAUAGUGCAAUUUGUGUUCUUCUCCUACGGUCCUUGAUUAAAAUUAGAGAUAAUAAGUUUUGGAUGCAUGACCAAGUUCGAGAUUUGGGAAGGCACAUCAUCCUUGAAGAACAUACUCCCAAAUUUAGCAGGGUGUGGAAAUAUGAGGAUGCUGUAGAACUAUUGAAGAGAAAAGAGGAAAAUGGAGAUGUAGAAGCACUAAGCCUGACUUCCAAUGGCUGCAGCCACAAUUUUACACCCGAAAAGCUAGUAGCUUUACCAAGUCUAAGGUUCAUUCGGGUGAAAGAGUCUGAUUUUUAUGGCAACUUUGAGAAUCAUCCUUCGAAGCUAAGAUGGCUUUCUUGGCAAACACAGCAAAUGACUUUCCAUGUGAAUAACUUUCACUUCAGUAAUUUGGUCGUGCUUGACCUUUCGGAUAGCGAUAUUGAAGAUGGCUGGGGUGGGUGGAACCAAAUGAAGAUGAAUAAACUGAAGGUUCUAGAUUUGACGGGUUGCAUGCGGGUAAAAACAACGCCUGAAUUCUCUAACUUUACGUCUUUGGAGAAGUUAAUUCUUGCUCAAUGUGUCAAUUUAACCACCAUUGACAGCUCCAUUGAUAAGUUGAAACUCCUAGAAACGAUGAAUAUCAUGGGAUGCAAGUCUCUUGGGGAGUUGCCUACAGAAGUUGGAUCACUACAAGCUUUGACAGAGAUUACCAUGCCGCGAAAUUUUCAACCCUUGAAUCUUCCAGAGACAUUUGGCAAUCUAAAAUCAUUGUUAAGCUUAGUAUUAGAUGAGCACCCUGGAAUCACCAGGCUUCCAGGCUCUAUUGGAGGGUUGGUGAAACUUGAACGCUUAUCUUUAUGUGGAUGUGUGGGGAUAAAGGAGCUUCCGCCCUCUGUUGGAGAUUUAUUGUUGGUCGAGUUGGAUAUAUCAAGAUCAGGAAUAGUCGAACUACCUGAUUCCAUUGGAAAGUUAAAGAAACUAAAAGUGAUGAAGGUAAGUUAUACAAAAGUAAGAAAGUUUCCUCAUGCUAUAGGAGGGAUGGAGAAACUUGAAGAGUUACAUGCCAGGAGAUGUUCAGAUCUGACAGAUGAAAACCUGGAAGAAAUUAAGAAGCUUUCCCAUUUGAGGAUAUUGGACUUAUCAUAUACUCAUGUAUCUAGAUUCCCUACAGUGCUAGGUUGUCUCUCUCGUCUCCAAACUCUUGAAAUGAGUUCAAGUCACCUUCCAGAAGUACCGGAUCUUCCCCCAAGUUUGACACACCUCCACAUGCAAGCACAUCACUUCUCAUUUAUCCCUGACCUAUCAAGCCUCAUCAAUUUAGAUUAUCUGGAAUUAUCUAGAUUAACCGUUUCAAAAGUGGAACCUGUCCCAACUUGGAAGAACGAAUCGCCAGAAAAGCAAUUCAUCUUUCCACUUCCAUAUGGUUUGGUAGUCUUGAAAUGCAGGGGCAUUAGUCUACUGCCACCUUAUUCCAACUUAAAAAAUUUGUCAAUUCUGGUUGUCAUUGGAUAUCCAUUGUCACACUUCUCCAUCUCUGAAGACCUAAUACAUUUGAGGGAAUUGAAAGUGAGUAACUGCAAAUUGCUCAUGGAAAUACCCGGUCUAUCACACUUGAAGAAUCUACAGCGAUUGGAUUUGAACAGAUUGAAAAGUCUGAUUGAGAUUAAUGGUUUGUCGGAUCUCGAAUCCUUGAUGGACUUCCGUAUUUCCCAUUGUGAUCGGAUAGCAAGUUUACCCAACUUAUCUAAGUUAGAUAAGCUACAACACAUUGAGCUAGAAGCUUGUCCAAAAAUAAGGGCGAUCAAGGGCAUUGAGGGCUUAGAAAGCUUGAAGUUGGACAAUCAUCGGUGCAUUGUGCUGGAGAGAUUGUUGGACAACUCGAGAUCGAGCUGGCUUUCCCGCAUUGUACCUAAGUGCCAGGUAUUCCUGGGUUUAAGUGGACCGGACACUCCUUAUGGCAUUGUCGAUAUCCUUUAUAAGAACUUGGUUCAUAAGCAAAUUCCCGUUUUUAGGGACGAUGACAAUUUGAGCUCUGGUGAUGAAAUUAACAAAGAGCUUUUGCUAGCACUCAAAGACUCUCGUAUCUACAUACCCUUCUUAUCUAAGAACUAUGCUUCUAGUUGGAGCUUAACAGCAAUUUGUACAAAUGUGCCCUAA